AUGGAUACUCAUUGGUCCGGUAUAUCCUGCCGCAACUUCCUAUCAUCAAGCUGUUGUUGUUUCUUUGGCGACGUCAUUCGGAAAUUCUUUGAAGUUGAUGAACCAACGAACGCACCAAGUGAAACUACUGAAGACGGAUUUUGUGAAAAGUUAUUCUUCGAACACACUAUGAUAGAUCGAUCUGGUAGGUAUAUAGUUCCGUUGCCGUUUCGAGACGCUAAUCCGCAAGAAAUGUUGAAAGGGACAAGGAAUAUAGCCCAAAAGCGAUUCUUAAAUUUAGAACGAAGAUUAAUUUUAAAUCCUACCUUGUAUGAGGCGUACCGUGAUUUUAUGGCUGAGUAUAUCAGGUUAGGGCAUAUGCAAGUAGCUAACACUCCUGGCGAUUACAUCAUUCCACAUCAUGCCGUCACCAAGGACGAAAAUGGGAAAUUGAAGAUCCGUGUAGUAUUUGACGCGUCUUCCCGAUCCUCAGGUGGACACUCAUUGAAUGAUGUAAUGAUGUACUUUUGA